ACUGUCAACCCGUCAGCCGUGGCUUCAGUUUGAUCACUUUACCAGCAGGACCCGCCCCUGCAGGAGUCCUGGGUUAAUCAAGAAGCCCCAGCUCAGAAGGCCUGCACAAAGCAGAGGAGAAUACUGUCACCAGCCAUGACUGAGCAGCAACAGCCAGCACUUCGAGAGGCGCUAGACCAACAUCUCUGUGGCUUGGGCAUUGAAGCGCUCUGCGUGGAGCAUCCAGAAGUAUUCACAGUUGAAGAGAUGAUGCCCCACGUGCAGCAUUUGAAAGGAGCAGUGAGCAAAAACCUUUUCCUUAAAGACAAGAAGAAAAAGCAGUUAUGGUUGGUGACAGUUCUGCACGACAGGGAAAUCAGUUUAAACAACCUGGCAAAGAAACUGGGUGUUGGCAGCGGAAACUUGCGCUUUGCUGAUGAAGCAACCAUGUUGGAUAAACUGAAAGUUGGCCAGGGUUGUGUAACACCUUUAGCUCUCUUCUGUGAUAAGGGAGAUGUAAAGUUUGUGUUGGAUGCCGCCUUUCUGGAAGGAGGUCAUGAGAGGCUGUAUUUUCAUCCAAUGACAAAUGCAGCAACCAUGGGACUAUAUCCAGAUGACUUCUUAAAAUUUCUUAAGUCUACAGGCCAUGAGCCUAUACUUGUGCAUUUUGAUGAUGUAACAUUAUGAUACCACUUUAAUAUAUGGGAAGGUUGGUAGUCAGAUCACAGCUGACUUAUGGUGACCUCAUAGAGUUUUCAAGGCUCUUGGAAAUGGUUUGCUGUUGCCUGUCUCCGUGUCAUGAUCUUGGAAUUCCUUGGAGGUCUCCCAUUCAAAUACUACCCUGUGUAUGCAUAACUGGCCCAAGCUUCCAUGGCAAUGUGUGGAGAUUUGAACCUGGGUUUCCCAGGUCCUAGUCCAAUGCAUUAACAACUACAUCAUGGGGACUCUCACUUUUAGAUAUAGAAAAUGAUUAUUUAGCCAAUAAAUGUAAGACAUAUAUUUCUGUACUAAUCAAAAGUAUUGUAGGAUUUUUUAAAGUUGCCUAAUACUGAUUUCAGAGCACACUUGAGAAUAUUGAGAUGUUCUCAGCCUUGGUGGUCUGCAAGAGACGUGCAUAAUACAGUGAUAGAGAUUAUAAUUUGCAUGUAGAUCUCAAAUUCAGUCCCUAUAAUUUCUACCUGUGAGGAAUCACUAAUUGUAGAACAAAGAAAGAUAUUUGAAAACCACAGCCAGUCAGAUAAAUGGACCAGAGGUCUGGCUUUUGCACAUCUUUUCUGAAGACAGUGGUAGCUUCCUAUGGCAAUUUACCAGAUCACAUGAAAGCAGUAGGAAAAAAUAAACCUCCAAUUUUACAGGAUUUGUACAGCAAACGUAUGAGGAAAUAGUUAUUAUUCAAGAGUCAUCCAGGUAUUCUGGUGCUUGCCCCAUGUUAAAUAAAAGCGAUUACAGUGGCAGAACAGUAGUGAGGGGAUUGGAAGAAAGUUUAGAUCAUUUUUUAAAAAAUCACAAACAUUUUUAUAAGUAACACAUAAAUGUCCAUAUUUAUAGUUCAAUUUCUCAUGUGUGAGCAGAACUGCAGAUAUUUAAAUCUGCAGAUCAUAUUCAUACGCAGAGAAAGGAAAUUUUUCUAUAUACUUGGGAAACACUUCAUAUUUGCAGAAAAAAUCAUCGUUAAAAAACACACAGGGGGCCAAAAAGAAGAGUUUAGAUUUAUACCCUCUUUCUCUCCCGUAAGGAGACUCAAAGGGGCUUACCAACUUCUUUCCCUUCCUCUCCACACACCUUGUGAGGUAGGUGGGGCUGGGAGAACUCCGAAGAAUUGUGGUUAGCCCAAGGUCACCCAGCUGGAAUGUAGGAGAAGAUAACAAUAAUGUUAUCUAGGCAUGCAGUUUACUUACCUGCACAGCAGUGCAGCAGCUGGUGGGGACCCUGCUGCUGACACAUCAGCUCCUGCAGGCCCUGCUGAUGACACAGUGGUUCCUGGGGGCCCUACUGAUGACAUUGUAGCUGAAAAGGAUGGGGGGGAGAAAGAGCGAUGGGGGAAUAUUGACAGAAGGAGGGUGGAGAUUAAUGGAGAGAAGGUCAGAUUGUCAGGGAAGGGAUAGAAAUAGAGGCAUAAGAUGUCAGAGAAGGGAUGGGGAGAAAGGCGGUAGAAGGUUGUUUGAGAAGGGGGGAGAGGGAAGGAAGUAGGGGGAUAAGACACACCAUCACCACAAGUUUCUUGCAGGUCCCAACUUGACUCAUGGUUUGUGACUACCCAGAGAGAGGCACAAGAGUAAUUAAUGUGUCAGGACAAUAGUCUAGCAUCCUAUUUCAAAUAGUGGCUAACUAGAUGCCCUGAGAUGUGGGAUAUGAAGGCCAAAACCAUCUUGCUGUGGCUUUUCAGCCCUGGAAUUCUCAAAGGUUCCGUUUUGCCAGUAUGGCUAAUAGUAAUGGAUGGACCUUUCCUCCACAAAUUUGUAUAAUCCCUUUUCAAAGCCCACAAAAAUAAUGGCCACCAUCGCAUCUUGUGGCAAUGAAUUUCAUAAGUUUGUUAGACAUUGAAUGAACAAGUACUUGCUUUUUGUCUGUUCUGAAAAUACUGCUGUCAAGAGAGCAACCAUUUUCUUUGCUAUGCUUAGAGAGAAUCCAUUUUGGACACUGGAAUCUUUGAUUAAAAACUCCUUUUCUCUCUCUUGCAAGUUUGCAGGUUUGGAGUGCAGGUAGUGUUAACUGGAGAUCAGUGUACUUCUCUCCAAGGUCAUCAGACCAAUUAGCUGACCUGAGAUUUUCCUCAUUAUUUUCAUGUGGUUAUAACUGGCUCUUCAGAGAGAUAGCUGAACAGAUUUCUGGGGGGGCGGGGGGGGGGAGGGGAUGUCCUCUUAUUUGAGAAAGUUCUUAGUUCUGUGUAGCCUGAUUGGAUAAUUGGUGAUCAACUGAUGUGGGCAACCAGAAGCAUACCGUAUAUACUCGUGUAUAAGUCGACCCGCAUACAAGUCGAGGCACCUAAUUUUACCACAAAAAACUGGGAAAACUUAUUGACUCGCGUAUAAGUCGAGGGUGGGAAAUGCAGCA